UAUUUCCGCCUUUUGACAAUUGCUAAGGCAAAAUGGCAGUACGCUACGAACUCUGUGUCGGUCUCAACAAGGGACACAAGACCACCAAAGUCAGGAAUGUCAAGUACACCGGUACCAAGAAAGUCAAGGGAUUGCGUGGUGCCCGUUUGAAGAACAUUCAAACCCGUCACACCAAAUUCAUGCGCGAUUUGGUCCGUGAAGUCGUUGGUCAUGCUCCUUAUGAGAAGAGAACCAUGGAAUUGUUGAAGGUUUCCAAGGAUAAGCGUGCUUUGAAAUUCUUGAAACGCCGUUUGGGCACACACAUCCGUGCCAAGAGGAAGCGUGAAGAAUUGUCCAACAUCCUCACUCAAAUGAGAAAGGCUCAAACCCACGCCAAGUAAACAUCAUCAUAGUUUAUUGGUGUGUGUGUACAGAAGCUGCUGCUGAUGAGUCUGUCUUUGUUAUGUGCUUAGUGUAUUUUAACACUAUUCUUAAAAUUUUUACUUGGACAGUAGUGAUAA